AGUGCAUACGGCUGGAGAGCUGGCAGGGGGGCAGCGGCCGCCGUGAGCAGAUGGGUGAACGCGAAAAAUCAACACCCAUGGAUUUUAUCUGACUGUGUAGAUCAGGUUUUUUUAUUCUGGAUAUCAUGGUAACAGUACAGGAAAUAUGCAUUAUUUCUCAUGUCUGCAAGUAGUCUUCACUGCUGAAGGAAGCAAUUUUUUAAGCUACAGCCAAAUUCAUUUUGGUACCUUUUAUGGAAAUCUUGAUUUUGUUUUUACUUUUUUAUAACCUUUUGCAAAGGGUAUGAACAAGCAAAGAGCUCAUCUCAUUAGGCAAGUCCACAUUAAUAAGAAUGCCUAGAAGAGGGUUGAUUCUUCAGACCCGGACCCCCUGGCUACUGUUGGGUCUUGCUUUACUCUGCAGUUUGAUAUUAUUUUUAUACCUUCUGGAGUGUGCCCCCCAGACUGAUGGAAAUGCAUCUCUUCCUGGUAUCAUUGGGGAAAAUUAUGGUAAAGAGUAUUAUCAAGCCCUCCUACAGGAGCAAGAAGAACAUUAUCAAACCAGAGCAACCAGUUUGAAACGCCAAAUUGCCCAACUGAAACAAGAACUACAAGAAAUGAGUGAGAAGAUGAGAUUUUUGCAGGAGAGAAAGAAUGUAGGGGCUAAUGGCAUAGGCUAUCAAGGCAACAAAGAACAAGCACCUAGUGAUCUUUUAGAGUUUCUUCAUUCACAAAUUGACAAAGCUGAAGUUAGCAUAGGAGCCAAACUACCUAGUGAGUAUGGAGUCAUUCCCUUUGAAAGUUUUACCUUAAUGAAAGUAUUCCAGUUAGAAAUGGGUCUCACUCGCCAUCCUGAGGAAAAGCCAGUUAGAAAAGAUAAGCGAGAUGAAUUGGUUGAAGUUAUUGAAGCUGGCUUGGAGGUCAUUAAUAAUCCUGAUGAAGAUGAUGAACAGGAAGAUGAGGAUGGUCCCCUUGGAGAGAAACUGAUAUUUAAUAAAAAUGGCUUCAUAGAAGGUUAUUAUCGCACUGAGAAAGAUAAGGGCACACAGUAUGAACUAUUUUUUAAGAAAGCAGACCUUAUGGAAUAUAGACACAUGACUCUUUUUCGCCCUUUUGGACCUCUCAUGAAAGUGAAGAGUGAGAUGAUUGACAUUACUAGAUCAGUUAUUAAUAUCAUCGUGCCACUUGCUGAAAGAACUGAAGCAUUGGCACAGUUUAUGCAGAACUUCAGGGAUGUAUGUAUUCAUCAGGACAAGAGAAUUCAUCUCACAGUGGUGUAUUUUGGUAAAGAAGGACUUUCUAAAGUCAAGUCUAUCCUAGAAUCUGUCACAAGUGAGUCUAAUUUUCACAAUUACACCUUGGUCUCAUUGAAUGAAGAAUUUAAUCGUGGACGAGGACUAAACGUGGGUGCCCGAGCCUGGGACAAGGGAGAAGUCUUGAUGUUUUUCUGUGAUGUCGAUAUAUAUUUCUCAGCCGAAUUCCUUAACAGCUGCGGAUUAAAUGCUGAGCCAGGUAAGAAGGUGUUUUACCCUGUGGUGUUCAGUCUUUACAACCCUGCCGUCGUUUAUGCCAACCUGGAUGUGCCCCCACCUUUGGAACAGCAGCUGGUUCACAAAAAGGAUUCUGGCUUUUGGCGAGAUUUUGGAUUUGGAAUGACUUGUCAGUACCAAUCAGAUUUCCUGACCAUUGGUGGAUUUGACAUGGAAGUAAAAGGUUGGGGUGGAGAAGAUGUUCAUCUGUAUCGAAAGUACUUACACAGUGACCUGAUUGUGAUCCGGACUCCGGUUCCUGGUCUUUUCCACCUCUGGCAUGAGAAGCGCUGUGCUGACGAGCUGACCCCUGAGCAGUACCGCAUGUGCAUCCAGUCCAAAGCCAUGAACGAGGCCUCUCACUCUCACCUGGGAAUGCUGGUCUUCAGGGAGGAGAUAGAGACGCAUCUUCACAAACAGGCAUACAGGACAAAUUAA